AUGGGAAGUCCAAAGAAGAAUGAGAGUAAAGGAUUUUUCGCGGCGAUGACGUCAGGUUUAUCUCAGUUUGGUUACGCCAUGCAUAGAUCUGUCAACGGGAUACUUGGUUAUGAAGGGGUAGAAGUCAUAAAUCCAGAGGGAGGAAAAGAAGAUGCUGAGGAGGAAGCUCAGAGAGGAAGAUGGGAGCAGGAUGAACGAGAGAGCUACUGGAAGAUGAUGCACAAAUAUAUAGGUUCAGAUGUUACAUCUAUGGUGACGCUUCCUGUCCUCAUAUUUGAACCAAUGACUAUGCUUCAGAAAAUGGCGGAGUUGAUGGAAUACUCCUACUUGUUGGACCAAGCAGACCAAUGUGAGGAUCCCUAUCUCAGGCUGGUUUAUGCGGCAUCAUGGGCUAUAUCUGUGUACUAUGCCUAUCAACGUACAUGGAAACCUUUUAAUCCUAUUCUUGGGGAAACAUAUGAGAUGGUUAAUCACGGAGGCAUUACAUUCAUUUCUGAGCAGGUCAGUCAUCAUCCUCCAAUGAGUGCUGGGCAUGCUGAAAAUGAACAUUUUACUUAUAAUGUGACAUCAAAGUUAAAGACUAAAUUUUUGGGGAAUUCUCUUGAUGUGUAUCCUGUUGGAAGAACACGUGUUACUCUUAAAAGAGAUGGUGUGGUUUUAGAUUUGGUUCCUCCUCCCACGAAGGUUAACAAUCUGAUUUUUGGACGAACUUGGGUUGAUUCACCAGGAGAGAUGAUCAUGACAAAUUUGACUACUGGGGACAAAGUUGUGUUGUAUUUUCAACCAUGUGGCUGGUUUGGAGCUGGUCGCUAUGAAGUGGAUGGAUAUGUUUAUAAUGCAGAUGAGGAACCUAAACUAUUGAUGACAGGGAAGUGGAAUGAGUCAAUGAGCUAUCAGCCAUGUGACAUGGAAGGGGAACCUCUUCAGGGCACAGAAUUGAAAGAGAUUUGGCAUGUUGCUGAUGCUCCUGAAAAUGACAAAUUUCAGUACACUUAUUUUGCACAUAAAAUAAACAGCUUUGAUACUGCUCCUAAGAAAUUGUUAGCAUCCGACUCUCGUCUGCGACCUGAUAGAUUUGCACUUGAGAAGGGUGAUUUAUCCAAGGCUGGUGCUGAGAAGAGCUGUUUGGAGGAGAGGCAGAGAGCCGAAAAGAGGACACGAGAGGCCAAGGGCCAUCAGUUUACCCCUAGAUGGUUUGAUUUGACAGAUGAAGUUACAGCCACACCUUGGGGUGACUUAGAAAUCUAUUGCUACAAUGGUAAAUACACUGACCAUCGGGCAGCUGUAGAUAGCUCAGACAGUGUCAAUGAAGUUGACGUUGCUUCAAUUGAAUUCAACCCAUGGCAGUAUGGUAAUUUAUCUACUGAAUAGGUAUCAGUGUUUUUAAUGUAUACCAUUUGGAUUUUGCAGUUAGUUCAUAAUAACUUUUUGGUGUGAUAUGUUAGAGCAAUAUGUUGUUGGCAUGUGUGUACCUCUGUAUCCCACUCCAUCAUCCUAUCAUAAUCAUUCCUAGGGACUGUGUAACUGUUCCAGAACUCUUUUUCACCAUGUUUCUUCCAAAUUUCCUAAGAAAAAUUUCUUCAUGGCUGACAGCUCAUGAUUAGCCUCAUAAUAGAAUAUAUAGAUGGAUGGAAAGGAUGUGCCCUUUUGUUGUCUUCUACUUUCCUAGGUCAUCUUCAGCUAACAAUGCUGGUUUACAUUUCUGUA